CGUUUGAUUUCCAGUUAGAAUGGACUAGUUUAAUCUGGUACUGUGGUGUGUGGCUGUGACGUCAUCGUAAACAUUGAGGCUCAGCUGAUGUGACACGACAGCGGCCAGGAACACCACACGCUGUCUCCCUGCUGCUGCUGCUGUGGGAUUCAUGACACACUUUCCUGGGCGUGGGCGUGACCAGUGUGCAAGAUGAUCGUAUAUGCAUGCCUGAGUCGCCUUACGGAUGGCACCCCACUCUCUGCCACCACUGAUUAUGCAAGUGAUGCUGACCACAAAGUGAGAGAAGGGAAGCGAUGCGUCAAGCUGCUGAGUCAACAUUUUGGAAAAUUUGGCAUGCGGGUCUGUCUUCAGGCCGAGGAGGUGACGCUGCACUGUGUGAUAGAUGAGUGCACAGCCUACAUGGUGGUGUGUGAGCCCACAUACCCUCACAUCCUGGCCUUCAGCUUUCUUGAUGAGCUGAAGAAGGAAUUCAAUGUCCUGUACACUUCAUCUGUCGUCAAGUCAGUCAGAAGGCCUUAUGCUUUCAUUGAAUUUGACUCCUUCUUACAAAAGACGAGACAGAAAUAUAACAGCAGCCGAGCACUUGCAUCCAGACUCAACCUGGCGGAGAUGACAACUGACCUGAAUCUCCAUCCUCCAUCCUAUAUUAAGUUGCACCAGUUGGAGCCACCACCGCCACUUCCACCACCACCACUAUCUGGAGGACUGUCUUCAGUCACUAGUGGGCACAUCCGAAACACCAGUAUUACAUCCACACCCAAUGGUGCUGUGCAGUAUAAUGGUGCUGCCACGAAAGACUUAUCCACAGUGGGCGUCACUCUGCGACUGAAGCCAAUCCCUUGGUAUGGGUGGCUGGGCCUGGUGCUGGUAAUACCUUGUGUCUUCCUGGACUUCUACAGAGGAGCUGUAGCCAUCAGUAUGUCAAGCUUAGAGGAAUUGGAUGGUCCAUCGCCCUGGCAUGGCAUCUUUUUCUUGACAGAGAUGUUUAUACAGACACUGCAGGUUUACAUGUUAUGGAAAUACAACAAGUUCCGGAAGUUGGCAACACUGGGAUGUACAUGUUUAGUCUUUAUUUUAAAUGGUUUCCUUCUUGAUGUAAGAGAAGGAUGGUUGUGCUUUGUUUAUAUCUUUGUCUCAUUUUUACUUCUUGUUGGUACUUUUCGAAGGCCUUUUGAAAGAAAAUUGCCAAAGUUUCAUGUUUGAAUUUUAGUAUUUCGGAAAUAUAUUAAUAUAUUAUCAUUUUGUGCAUUGUUUCUUGCUAUUUCAUAUUAAUGUUCCACCAGUACACUCAGCCUAGACAUGGGAGUAAUUCCUGUACAUACUCUCCAAACCUGUUGGUAAUACCCAAGUUUCACAUGUCAGUAUGUGUCCAGACUGGGUGUUAGGGAGCUUGGUCAUCUCUUGCUCAGACAGUUGCUUUAUAUUAAACAGUUUUGGCCAGAAGUGGAAAUUGGUUUUGGAAAGUUUUCUUAAAAUUAUUCAUAAAGUGCAAACACUGUUCAAAGUAUAUAUAUUUAUUCAUUUUUACCAUAGUUUUCAUUACUGUGAAAUGUAAUUAUUUAAAUAAAAGCUAUUACCAAAUACUUGAAUGCAAAAAA